UAGAUUUUGGCUUUCCCGUUUCGUCGAAAUUUUCAGUUUUCUGAUUUACAUUGUGACCGGUAAUCCCACUGCGGAUCAUUCAUCUUUGACGAUGGGAGGAUUUAAUGAAGCUGCUUUGUCAUUAAUUGAGGCUAUGGACUUGAACGUUGAUCCGUGCCAAGAUUUCUACCAAUAUGCAUGCGGCGGCUGGAUAAAGAAAAACCCAAUCCCACAGUCGAAAUCUCGUUGGAGUCAAAUCGAUAUACUACGAGAUCGACUAAUAAACGAUUUGAAAAUUAUACUGGAGCAAAACGUUGACGCCAGAGACCCAAGGCCAUUAAAUAGUGCGCGAGUUAUGUACAAGGCCUGCAUGAAUACUCGUGCGAUACAGAAUUUAGGGUUGAAGCCACUGAUUGACGUUUUAGAAAACUAUGGUGGCUGGCCGAUGACAAAAAGUUUCAACGAGGAAAUACAUUUUGACUGGAAGGCCGUUACAGCUUCACUUCGCACAUCGUAUCGCAUUUCCUAUUUCAUCUCUGUGUACAACGAUAUGGACAACUACGACACCGAACGGAGCUCUAUUUACAUUGACCAAGGAUCACUGAGUUUACCGCUUAACAUCUUGUUGAACCCUGGAGAUCAUCCUAAAAUCAUAGCGGCUUAUUUUGCUUAUGUUUCUGGAUCUGCUAAAGCCAUUCGAGAUGCACUAGGAAGUGGAGGUGCUACCGACGAGCAAAUCGAUUCAGAUGUCCAAGAUUUAUUACAAUUUGAAAUUGAACUCGCUAAAAUAGUUACUCGUGCAGAGGCAAGGCGGGACAGCUCUCGCAUGUAUAAUCCUAUGCUCUUAACAGAAAUUCAAAGUUGGACAAAUGGAUUUUCUAGUAGAACGCAUCAAGCUCAGAUGGACUGGUUUGAAUACAUUAAUCAGAUUUAUUCGACAGUUAAUGUCAGCAUUUCUACCAACGAGCGCAUUAUCGUCGUAGAGAAAGAAUAUUUACAAAAUCUGUUUGCUAUACUGGAUAGAAAAUCAACGCGUGUAGUAGCUAACUACAUCAUGUGGCGCUUAGUAAGACUGUUAUCACCAGAAACAAACAGUAAAAUGAAUAGCCUGGCCAUCAGCUUCUCUAAAGCUCUUUACGGCAAUGCGCAAUCAGACACUCGAUCGAAUAGCUGCGCUAACCAGAUCAACAGCGUGUUAGGUUUUGCUGUCGGUGCGAAAUACAUAGAACAACAUUUUCAAGCAAAUAUAAAAACGCAGGUGAAACAGAUGAUUACAUACCUGAAAGCGACGUUUGUGACAUUAAUUACCGAAGCCGAUUGGAUGGAUGACGCAACGAAAGCCAUCGCCAAAGAGAAGGUUGACGCUAUGAUUGAACUAGUCGGCUAUCCCGAUUGGAUUACAAAAAAAAGUGAAUUGGAAGCAUAUUAUUACGAUGGGCUUGAAAUAUCUAUCAACGACCAUUUUAAGAACAUCCAAAACGUGAAUGUCAGACUUACUCGAGACGGACUUCGGAGUCUGCGACGCAAAACAAACCGCACUAGAUGGAUCACUUUUCCUUCCAUCGUAAACGCUUUCUAUGCCCCGAAAUAUAAUUCUAUAAGUUUUCCAGCGGGAAUAUUGCAGCCACCAUAUUUUGGAUUGAACGGAAGAUCGGCCGCGAUGAAUUAUGGUGGGAUUGGAGUUGUUAUUGGACAUGAAAUAACUCACGGCUUUGAUGACAAAGGCCGCCAAAACGAUAAAUAUGGUAAUACAGUUCAGUGGUGGACCGAAAAUACGUUACAGCAAUAUCUUUCAAGAGCGCAAUGUUUUAUUCAGAAGUACAAUGAAUUCACCGUUUUGAACGGGACGCGCUUAAACGGCAUUACAACGUUAGGAGAAAAUAUGGCCGACUAUGGAGGGAUACGAGAAGCGUACGUGGCCUACCGCAACUAUGUUGCAGCCAACGGAGUCGAGCCACCUUUACCUGGACUAGAGCAAUUCACCUCGGAGCAAAUCUUUUUCAUCACCUUCGCCAAUACUCACUGCAGCGCCGAUACUCCAGAGAAACUCUUGAACCAGGUCAUGAACGAUCCGCAUAGUCCCAGCCGUUACCGAGUUAUCGGAACACUUUCCAAUUCCGAAGAUUUUGUCCGAGAGUUUAACUGUCCUCCAGAUUCACCAAUGAAUCGAUUAAAUAAAUGCCUCCUUUGGCGCUGAUUUCUA